GUGAAACGCCAGAAAGACACGCCCACACAGCUGUUGAACAUCCAGAACAAGUCCAGCUUCGUUCCACAAGGCAACCUUCAUCUGGACAGAAAUAACAGAUCAGACCCUCCCUGAGAAGCAAUCCAAAUGGCCUCCCAAGUCAUGGGCACAAACAUCACAAACCCCGACCCAUGUCAUUUGGUCUUGGCACAUAAGAGUUCCCGUUACAUCGGGAUAGUCAUACUAGUGCUAGCCUUUGUGCUGGGUUUUCCAGGCAACCUCUUCGUGGCGUGGUCAGUGCUCUGCCGGGUCAAGCAGCGCUCCGUCACUUGCCUCCUGGUGCUGAACUUGGCGGUGGCCGAUGCGUUUGUGCUCCUUAGUGCCCCCUUGUUUCUGCGCCUGCUGGCCGUGUUGAAUUGGGAGUUCGGAGAUGUCAUGUGCAAGACAGUGCACUACCUGUGCUGCGUCAACAUGUAUGUGUCCAUCUACCUCAUCUGCCUGAUGAGCCUGGACCGCUGGCUGGCUGUAAGCAGGCCGUUUCUGUCUCAGAAAAUGAGGAACAAAAGGACCAUCUACAUGGCCAUGCUGGGCAUCUGGAUCAUGGCCUUUUUAUUGGCUUUGCCUAUGCUGUUCUACCGCAGUAACAGAAAACUGAAGAAUACAAACGUGACUCUUUGUAUGCCGCUCCAUUCCAACUAUGUACAUACAGUCUUCCAAUACCUGUUUGAAACGCUCAUGGGCUUUGUGGUGCCAUUCACCUUCAUCGUGUCUUGCUACUCCUCGGUAAUCUGCCGACUACGCAGCGCCAUGUUUCGCGGCCGUGUGAAGGGCAGCCUCCUCAUCCUCCUCAUCAUCAGCGCCUUCUCCAUCUUCUGGAUACCCUACCAUCUGAUCAACAUACUCGAGGUCAUCGGGGCUUGGAUGGAUGUUUGCUCUCUUAAACAAGCGGGGUUGUCCGCUCGCCCCAACGUAACUGCGUUUGCCUUCCUGAGCAGCAGCGUGAACCCAGUCCUCUACGUGUUUGCUGGCAGCUCCUACAUCCGCGACGCCGGCUUCAGCUUCAUGGCCAGGCUUCUUGAAGGCACCCACUCAGACCAGGCCUCUGUCAGAAGCAGGCGUUUAACUUCCACAGACAACUCCAUCUUCACAAAGCUGACGAUUAAAGCCGUCCAGAAUGGAGAGCGGGCCAGGAACAAGAGCUCUGGAGACGAGGAGAAGACAAAGAUGGAGAAGAGCUGUGUGGAGGAGGUCAAUACCUUAACCACAAUGCAUAUCACAGAUUGACAAUGCCCAAGAUUACCAUUGUACCACAGCACAGGGCAGGCUGCAUCCUGUGCAAUCCAAGCUAUUAUCUAUUCGCCAAAAAAAAGGGGGCUCCUUUUGUGUUCUUGGUGCAGCUUGAAAAUCAAACAGAAGAAUCUGUGGAGAGACAAGUGGGACAUCUUGAAGGAAAGGGCUUCUACCUGGAGCUUGCGAUGUAUUUUCAUUCUCAAUUUUCUGAGCUUUGUGACUUUUUAAUUGCACUGUAGAUUUGUUUUCUAUGCGCUGUGUUAUGUUUAGCAUUUAAAAUAGCAUUUAAACUCAUUGCCAGAAAACCUCAGAAGGAAUCAACGGACAGGAAUGAGCAAGAUUGAUUCAGAAUGACAGUAUGUCGUGAAUCUGUGUAGGCACUGUGGUCAUUGCCAAGAUCAAUUGUUUCAGCAGGACAAUGCUCAUCCACAUACAGCUGCCACCUCAACAUCUCAAAAUGCUAUGGCCAAUCACAUUGCCAGACCUUGUGUGGGAUAUCAUUGGACAUUCCAGUUAGUUUUCAAAGAUUACAAUCUAUAAGACUCUGCUGUUAUCCAGUAGAGAUCUAGAAGAGAGAUAGUCAGAAAAGCCUUUGUAUGUAAGAUUGAUUGUACAUCACUUCACUAUUCCAACGCAUGUUAAGACAGAUAUAACUGUGUCUACAGUAAAAAAAAACAAAAACAAGUGUAGCACUUUAUCUGGAUGGUCAAUUACGGAUCAUAGAUGCCUCAUAGAUGCUCACCAAACAUUCAACCAACAUUCAAUUAAAUUUCUUUUAACUGUAACAUAUACAGUAUAUACUAUAUACUGAAUUUAAAUUAUUCUCUACGGAAUCUAACCCUUUCUGUGACGUGCCGGUUGUUCAGUAAAGUAGUGAUUCAUUAUAUUCAUAGGCGAAGUAAAAUGUUUAAUCAUUAUAUUGAUUUAAGGCCAUAUCGCUCAGCACUCCCUUGAAUCAAGACAGCCAUAUUUCCCAUACUUGUGGAAAGAUGGAAUGCAGUCUCCUUAUUUAACCCAUCUUUACACAAACACACACAUAGAUUCCCAGAGUCUUGGGCAGCCAACCUUUAUAUUUAGUUAAAUUUAGUAUUGAUAAAUCUAAGUAUCACAAUAUUAUGUUUUGUAAUACUGUAUUGAUAGUUAAAAGCACGGUACACUUUAAUUUAAUUAAUACCAAUGCAAAUAUUGGUGUCAGACAGUGGUUCAUUUUGUGAUGUGUGUUUGAACCACAAUCAUUUUGUUUACUAUCCCAUUGUUCUGCCUGCAUAAAAAAAGCAAACUUUUAUUUUUAGUCAGAUUUUAUAAAUAAACUCCUGGUCAAAAGUUUAAGAACUCCCCCAUUUUUUGUCAUUCAUGUUUGUCAUUUAUAUUCUUCAGCUUCAGUGAAUAUCCUGAAAAAAAGUCAACUUAUAAUGUCUUUGUCUCUAGUAAAGCUAUGUUGGACAGAUUGUGUUAUUGCACUCUCUACCUCAGCAUUUACACAACACUGCACAUUUAGACUUUCAUCAGAAUGUGGUCAGUACUGUUUCCUUCAGCUUCAAUAUUCUUUUGAAACUGGAGAAAACUGGUACAGGAAGAGGUCUGGCUGACCCACAUGGCAAUGUCUUCAGCUCAGCCUAAUGUUUGCACAAGUCUUUGUUUCAGCAGUGAAAAAAGACUGACACUGCAUUUAUACUGCUCCAUUGCGCCAUCAGAAAAGGACGCACAACCACAAGCCCCCUGCCCCCAUUUCAGCUGGCAGCAUGAGGGCGUUAACAACAGUGUUCCCUGUGUCGUCCAAUUAAAUCAAAUGUGUGUAGAAAUGUGUUUAAAUGGAAAACAGUUAAUAGUAAAACUUAUAAACUUAAUUAAAUGAUAUAUUAAUAUUUUCAAAACCCACCAUAGACCAGAUAAUUCUCUGCCACUUUUCUCCACGCUGUACUAUGUUGAUCUGAGUCAGGAAUUAAAUGACAAUCAUUUUUCCUCCAUGCCUUACUGGGAUGUUUGAAUAUGGAACGAUAGCUUCAUACAUUGUACUAAGGAGAUAUAUCGGGCAAACACCUGCUCUUCUGAUUAUAUAGUUGUAUCGUGUUGAGACAAAUACAUUUAUACAGUUUUAAAGUUCAUGUCAGCUUUCCAUUGCAUCCCCCAGACUCGAUGCGCAAUGUAAAUGCAGUGUCUGAAACUUUUGAGCGUUUAUGUAUGAUAGUGUGUUAAUUGAAUAAUAUCAGUAUAACAUGUCAGUAUAUGUAUCAUCCCACCAUGUUGUUGCUAAUACUAAAAUAUCAUCCAAAUAAAGUGUUACCACACAUAUAUAACAGAUUAUGAACGUUAUAACACAUAUGCUGUCUUUUACUCUCAUUUGCAUCUAUACAGCAUCUAGUCUGAUCAUCUCAGCCCAGAUCCACACUGUUACUAUACUGCCAUAUACACCAGAUAUACAAUAAAAUAUCAUACUAAUA